UCAGUUCUCUAGGUCAUUUCACCGCGAAUAACCGCGCUGCACUGAUGUUCAAUUAAAUGUGGAAUCACAACGAACUUCGAUAUUCGAAAAUAGAUUCACUUUUUUUGUUCGUGAAAAAAAUAACAGUUUUACAUUUUGCGGCCAGUACGAUUUGUGAUAGAUUUAAAGAAAAAUAAACAUUGUUUUCAUUUUCUGUGGACGAGGGAAAUUAGUGCUAGGAAUGCGUUAAGUGAAAUUUGUUAAUUAUGGUGUGAUCGUGUCUUGUUGCAAAGGAAUGUUAUUCUGUUAAAGAUACAGUUACCCUCAAACUGCUGCAGUCAAAAUGGCGGUGUAAUUUGAAACUUGAACAAUGGGUAGCGGGCUCAGCAGCGCCAACAGCAAAAAGUGGCGCAAUCGGGAACCACCGCCACACGCAGAAUCUUCUAGAGUUCUAUUUCUUUUAUAUUUGAUACAUAGAACUUGGAAUGUGGUUGUGGAACACGUUGAUUCUAAGAGCGCCAGGUGGCGCGGCUCCCACACUGUCCCCAGCUCAGGCGAGGGCCUGGCACACAGGUUCGACUCCAUCAGCAUGGCGGACUCCGAGCUGGGCUCCUGUUACUCUUCAUGUAGCUGCAGCUACUGCAGGCUGAGGGAAUGCGCCCAUGAUUGUAUCAGUGAACUGACGCUUCUGGAAGGCAUGGCGAGCUGUGGCGGGUGGAGUGAAGAACCCGUCUCAAAGGAAAAGCAACGUCCUCCCAUAUACAAUGCUGAGGACUACGCGACUUCUCUGAAAAAAUGGGGCAAAAAGAUCAGCGGGACCAAUAUCUACGACCUCGAGAGCCAGGAGGCCAACAAAACCAGGACUUUGCCCGUCAAUGGCAGCAAAGAUUUCAGAAACCCAUGCCUAGGUGUGGGGGAGGAGAUGACACUUCGACAGUUCGGCUCCCCGAGCGAACUGCUCACCAAACUGAGGGCAGAUCUCAGGUUGUCCUUUCCAAGUUUUGUCCAAGAAUUCGCGUGUGAGCCACUAGAUGGCAUAACAUUGUUACUGGAACUACUGAGGAAUGUGCAGCUCAGCCAAUCAGGAGAAGGGGCUAGAGGCCCGCCAGCUGUUAGGAGAAGACCAUUGCUGGAUGAACUGGCUUGUCUCCAAUGCCUGUGGAGUUGUUGCAGCCGCUACCCAGACUGCGUGAGGAGACUCGUGGCUGGUUCCAACGGGGUCUACACGCUUACCGUCUGCAUCAUGUCCACCGUCAACAAGUCCAGGAUUCUGGCUUUGCAGCUCCUCACAAAAGCGUGCUACCCACCAGCCAAUGGACACAGCAUGAUCUCGGAAGCCCUUUCCACUUUACGUCUCCGUUACGGCGAGCCGGUCCGCUUCAGGUUCCUAGUGGGCAUGCUCCAGAGCACCGGCGGUAGUGGAGAUCUUCAGGCUGCUGGCAUGGCUUUCAUCAACGCGCUGCUGAUCAGCGCCCCCACGCCGCAGAGGAAGCUAUAUAUACAGGCGGAGUUGGAGCAAGCAGGAUUCGACCUUAUUACUUUGAAGAAGAUGAUCGUCAAGCUACCCACCGGCAAUGAACAAGUAACAAAGGAGAUAGAGAGUUACGAAAAGCAACUCAUUGAUAUAGACACUCUGAGCGAGAAGGCAAAUGAGGCUCUCAAGGAAAAAGACGAUCUGCGAUAUAAAUUGGACUUGCUGGAAAAGAGAGUAAAGAUACUGCAAGAAGAGAAAGGGAUACUGCUCUCACUAGAAAAAUGUUUAAAAGAGAAGUGCUGCGAGCUCCAAGAAGAAGUAUCUUCGCUGAGAUCUGAACACGGGAAUUCCAAUAGAAAGAAGACGUUUGUCAUUAAGAAAAAAAACUCCGCACAUAGAAACAGAGAUGAAUCAUCCCCACCUGAAGAUGAAGGCAUCAGUUCUUCAGAAAGAUCUCUAAGUCCAGAUGGUGAUCUUCAAAGGGAAUCAAUGGUUUACGAAGUAUUUAAUGUAAAGAAUGAAACAUUUGACUUAAUCAGAAACAAUCGUAAUAUGCACAAAAAAUUGGAGUCCACAAAGAAGUCAGAUCACAAGAAAUCAUCUGAUGAAGAAGAUGAAACUACUAUAGAUGAAGUCAUCCAAGAACUCAGAAAUAUCGUUAAUAAUGCUGAAACUGAGCAAUACAAAAAGGGACAUACUUAUGAUGACCGUUCAUCAAGAUGCAAUCAAACAUCGGAAAUUAAUGUAUCAGUUAAGACAUUAGAAUGUCAAAAGCACAGAGAAGUAGAAAAAGAAGAUUCGGUCACAAGCACCAGACACAGUAUACAAAUAACAAACAGCAGCGACAAUGAUAUUGAUGAUGAAGAGGAAAGUAAAAUUAUACCAUCGAAAAUUUUACCACAUCCGCCAAGAAAAGCGAAGAGUUUAAUUCAUUUGUUCGUGCCACCAUCUGAACAGGGAUUGGUUUACAAGAGGCCUGAAUUUUAUGAUGACAACUUUUACUCCAGUGAUGAAGGUUCAGAUUCUUUAUUAAGCGCCUCUCGUUGCGACAAUGAUGUUAAGAAAGAAUCUGGUUCAAGUUUUGAUUUCCAAGAAUGUAGAAAAAUGUUUAAUUCCCUUGCAGAAAAAGAAAAAGAUGACAAUAGACUGAAACGAUCCAGAACAAGGUCAAGAGAAGAAUCUAGAAGAACUUCUAUCAAGAGAAGCGAGUCUUUCCAAACUUCAGAGAAAGGAACACGCCAGCGCGAAUACAUUGAUAGCAUGUUUUACAAUGAAUCUCCAAAAUCUUACGGGAAGUCAAACUUACAAAGAUCCAACUCAAAAUGCAGUCGUGUAGAUGAAAUAGUGAAUUUGAUAGAAUCCAAGAAGUUAACCAAAAGUUUGGACAGAAUCGACGAAGGACUGAAUUCAAUGGUCGAUAUUGUCAUGUUGACCGAACCGAAGAAAUCUAUGUGGCCUUAUGAAAGAAGGCAAAGGUCUUGUUCAAGAGCGAACAGUGAUGCUGGUAAAGAGACUCCAUUAGUGCCCAUUACUAGAUCAAAUAGUAGGCUAAACAAUUUCACACAAAAGUUUGACUUUCGAUCAAAAAAUAAGGAAGAAAAUAAAACAGACAGUCCCACUCAGCAAAAAUUUUAUUUGCCUCAUCCGAAACUAAGCACUGGCUCUUAUGAUAACCAUGCUUCUUCCUACACCAAUUCUUCGUUUAUUGUGAAACGUGGUCACAGCAAUGCAGGAUUUUAUUCUGGAACACACAUGUUGAGAGAUGCUCCCGCAAGCAUGACUAGUCUUGUCAUGAAUGGAACACACAGUCACGGUGAUUUGAAGAGAAAUUUAUCUCCAAUUGGUACUUCUAAUAACUUUGGACUACAUAAAGUCACCGAUAUGCCUUCUGGACUAUACUGAUGAUUCUACUCAAGUUUUAAAUAAUCAAAACCAACGACUAAUUUUAGGGUUUGUGUACCUUAUCACUUCGACUAGUGCAAUAUUAUCUAUUAUUAUAAUACUAGUAUCAAAUUAUACUAUAUCCAGUUUAUGAAAAGGUUAAUCAAAUGGAUUGGUAGCAACACGUAUUUUGGAUAGACGCGUGAAAUUUAUUUAACUUUUUGUAAACUGGUGUAGGAGACAAAUUAAAUUAAUUUAAGGUCUUACGAAUUGUUGAUCUUGUAUCUUGGUAAUUUUGUUUGUAAGCAAAAUUGGCUUAAGAUCGCGAUUAAGUUUUGAUUGCUGCCAGAUUUUGUUUUUUUUUUUUUCAUAAUAUUCAACUUAUAUGAUUUAUUUUGUUAUUAUGUUCUUUACAACUCACCUUGUGUGAAUCUGAAAUCUUAUUUUUCCAGACCCCUUUUCAACUUAGUUGGUAACUUUAGAUUUAUUAUCUAAAUUAUCUAAAUUAUUAUUUUUUUCCUAAUUUUAUUUUUUAACUUUUUAUCAAGAAGGGUGCCACGUUCACAUAAUUUUUUUUAACUUUUCAAUAUAACGUAUGUACUAUACUAUAUGUGUUUUAUAUUAAUUCUAUUUUCAUAAUUGCAUAUUUUAAUAGUACGUACCAAAGUUGUUCUUUACACAUAAAUUUUUUGAUAAAAAAAUAAGUAUUCAAAAAAAAUUUAAAAAAAUAGGUAGGUACUUGCUUUAUUUUUAAAAUAAUCGGAGGCAAUGUUGUUUUGAUAGUACUUUUAUAGAGUUCUGUAAAUAUAGCACGUAUUCUCGUAGCAUUAAACUUUACUUACUCAAUAAAGAAAAUAUUUUUGGAUAAAUCAUACUCGAUUAUAAAAA